ACUGCCAUUCGCAUCUCCAUAGCCUCUCCCGAACAGAUCCGGGCGUGGUCUUCGGGAGAAGUGCAGAAGGGUGAAACGAUUAACUACCGCACCCAGCGUCCGGAGAAGGACGGCCUGUUCUGCGAAAAGAUAUUCGGGCCGACCAAAGACUGGGAAUGCCAGUGUGGGAAAUACAAGCGCCAGAAGUAUAAGGGCGUGGUUUGUGACCGGUGUGGUGUUGAGGUAACGCGCUCUAACGUGCGUCGGCAACGCCUGGGUCACAUCGCGCUGGCGGCGCCGGUGGCCAACAUCUGGUUCGUGAAAAACACUCCCAGCGUGAUGAGCCUGGCCCUGGACCUGAAACUGUCUGACCUGACACGGGUGCUGUAUUACUCGGCCUACGUGAUCAACCGUGUUGACAUCGAGUUGAUGCGCGAAAAGCUGGAACAGCAUGUUUCGGAAGUGGAGCAACUGCGUAACGAACCGAUCGCGGCGGCGGAUGCUGCUUUGCAGCGGGACGCGUUCGAGGCUGACAUGGGUGCAGAGCCGGUGCUGGAAUCCCUGAAAUUGCUGGACCGGGGCCUGGAUCAGGAACGGUAUUACACCGAACAGGAGAUGCGGGCCACAUCGUCGCAGAUCCGGACCAAGGCCGGCAAACGGAUGCGGUUGCUGGAAACUUUCCGCCGCAGCGAAAACCGGAUGCAGGACAUGAUCAUGACGAUCCUGCCGGUGCUGCCGCCGGAGCUGCGCCCGAUGGUUCAGCUGGAUGGCGGACGCUUCGCGACGAGCGACCUCAACGACCUGUAUCGCCGGGUUUUGUCAAGGAACCAUCGGUUGAAGCGGUUUGCCAGUAUGCGCGCACCGGGCCUGAUGAUUCGCAAUGAGAAGCGGAUGCUGCAGGAAGCGGUUGACUCGCUGAUUGACAACGGGCGGCAGGGCAAGGCAGUUAAGGGUAAACGGGACCAUGCGCUCAAAUCGUUGAGCGACUUGCUGAAGGGCAAGCAAGGCCGUUUCCGGCAGAACCUGUUGGGCAAGCGCGUCGACUAUUCGGGCCGCUCGGUGAUCGUGGUCGGCCCGGAACUGAAGAUGGACCAAUGCGGCCUGCCCAAGCGCAUGGCGCUGGAAUUGUUCAAGCCGUUCGUGAUGCACCGUUUGGUGUUGAGCGCGUUGGCGCCGAACAUCAAGGCGGCCAAGCGGAUGGUGGAACGAUCUUCGCCGGAAGUUUGGCACAUUCUGGAAGACGUUAUCAAAGACCGACCGGUGAUGCUGAACCGGGCGCCAACACUGCACCGCCUGGGGAUCCAGGCCUUCAAGCCGGUGUUGAUCGAAGGGAGCGCCAUACAACUGCACCCGCUCGUUUGCUCGGCGUUCAACGCUGACUUCGACGGCGACCAGAUGGCGGUUCACGUUCCAUUGUCUACGAUGGCGGUUAACGAGACUCGCACGGUGAUGCUGAGCAUCAAUAACAUGCUGUCGCCAGCUUCGGGCGAUCCGUUGGUGGCGCCCACGCUGGACAUGGUGAUGGGUUGCUAUUACCUUACCGAAUUGCUGCCCGACGGCAAGGGCGCCGGCAAUCAUUUCUACGACAUACAUGAAGCCCGUAUCGCGUAUUCGGACGGCCAGAUCGACCUGAGGGCGCCCAUCUCGGUUAUUGACGUGGCGGGAGCCGAUGGGCCGGUGGACACCACCAUGGGCCGGCUGAUUUUCAACGAAACCAUUCCUGAUUCGUUGGGUUACAAGAACCAGGUAAUGGACCGUGGCGCGAUCAAGGACCUGACUUCAGAGUUGUACCGGAACCUUACCAACGUGGAGACGGCGCAGGCGCUGGACAAGAUAAAGGAGAUGGGGUUCUACUACGCGACCAAGUCGGGUAUUACGAUUGCCAUCAACGACAUUCAGGUUCCGGCCCGGAAGCAUGACAUUCUGGAAGCGGCAACUCAAAAGGUUUCAGAUCAUGAAAACAACUUCAUGAUGGGUAUGAUGACCGAGAAUGAAAAAUACGAUCGGAUCAUCGAGACCUGGACCAAAGCGUCGGAUGACAUGCAAACGGUGGUUGAGGACGAACUGAAGUAUUUCGGCGGCGUCGCCGUAAUGGCGAUGUCGGGAGCGAAAGGUAACAUAUCGCAAAUUAAACAGAUGGCCGGAAUGCGCGGGUUGAUGAGCGAUCCAGAGGGUCGCAUCAUCGAGCGUCCGGUGAAAUCGAGUUUCCGCGAAGGGCUCACCGCGCUGGAGUAUUUCAUCUCCACCCACGGCGCGCGGAAGGGUUUGACGGACACUGCGUUGCGUACGGCUGACAGCGGGUAUUUGACUCGCCGCCUGGUGGACGUGUCGCAGGAGGUUAUCGUUCAGGAGCCGGACUGCGAAUACGCUGAGCCGUUCUACGUGGAGCCUCGGCCCAACGACCCGACACUCACCAGUUUUGCUGAACGCAUGGUCGGUCGGAUGGCGGGCGAUGUGAUAGCCGAUCCUCGCAGCGGCGAAAUAAUUAUCGACCGCAACGAAAUGAUCGACGAGGGUAUCGCGGAGGUGAUCAAGGACGCCGGUAUCGAAAGGGUGCCGGUGCGUUCACCAUUGACCUGCCAAACGCGCCGCGGAAUUUGUCAAAUGUGCUACGGGCGCUUGCCGGCUACCGGCAAUUUGGUAGAGAUUGGUCAGGCCGUGGGCGUAAUCGCAGCGCAAAGCAUCGGCGAGCCCGGUACGCAGCUCACCAUGCGGACGUUCCACACCGGAGGCAUCGCCGGGUCUGACAUCACGACGGGUUUGCCCAGGGUACAGGAAACUGUUUGA